AUUGGUGAUGCAAUUGGAGAAAACGUUGCAACGAAUCGAAACAAUGAAGGAAGUCAUCAUGAACAUCAAGGCCAUUCAACAACACCACACAUAGACCAUUCAGUGCAAGUAUUUUUCACCCCUAAAGACCUUAAGCUAGGAAAUGUAAUGCCUAUUUUCUUCAAGGGUCGAAGUCCUUCGCGUUCUCCUCAUUUUCUUCCUAGAGAAGAAUCCGAGUUAAUACCUUUCUCACCAUCUAAACUCCCUUUUCUUCUUAAACUCUUCGGCUUCUCUCAAGCUUCGCCUCAAGCUAAAGCCAUGGAAGAUACUCUCAGACUAUGCAUCAUAAUGAAACCUAUCCAAGGAGAGACUAAGUUUUGCGCAACUUCCUUAGAGUCUAUGCUCGAUUUUGUGCGUAAAAUCUUUGGAUCAACAACAAAAUUUAAGGCCCUGAGCACCCAAAAAUUCGCGAAAUUUGGUAGUAUUCUACAAAAUUAUACCAUAGUAGAUGAACCUAGAGAAAUACUAGCCCCGAAAAUGGUUGCUUGUCACACCAUGCCGUACCCAUACGUGGUGUACUAUUGCCAUUUCCAAGAAAGCGAAAGCAAGGUGUUUCUAGUUUCAUUAAGAAGUGAAGAUAAUAAUAAUAUUGUACAUGAAGCUGUUGCUGUUUGUCAUAUGGAUACCUCUCAAUGGAGUGCUAAUCAUGCCUCAUUUCGGGUUCUAGGCAUUAAGCCUGGUUCAUCCCCAGUUUGCCAUUUCUUUCCUGCAGAUAAUCUUGUUUGGGUACCAAUAAUGUCUAAUACUACUGAUAAUUCUGUAGGAAGAGUUUCAAGCAUGUAACAAUUUGCUGAAUUGUAUGGUACUACUUAUUAUGGGGUACAAUAUAAGUGACUAGUGGUCUAAUCUGCUGUAAUACCAGUUGAUGAAUUGAAUGAAUGUAUCGUAAUUAAUUAAAAAUUUGUAUCGUAAUAUCAGUAUUAGUAUUUUACUUCGUGUUUAACCUCAGUAAUUAUAUUGAUAGGAAAAAAAAAAGUUGUGAUUUACUGUUCUAUUAUUGUUCAUUUAUCAUUUUAUGGCUUUGUGGU